GGCCUCACUGCUCAGUCUCUGGAUGCUUUACUUGAAGGUUAAGCUUUCCAAACCGUUGUCCAAUACCUCCGCCACACUGGUGCUCUCUACCAAGCUCUGCUUCCUUCCAAUUUAUCAGCUAUCCAGGUCUCACUCGUAAGGUUGAGAAGCAGGAGGCUCUGGACCUUGGCGCCAACUUCAGCCACUUCUGGAUCCCUCCAAGAACCAUGACCAUGCCUCACGUGAAGAGGCUGGCGAUCGGGAAAUCUGCCUGCUGAGUUUACAACGUUCAAGGCUAUUCUUUUCUUCCAGUAGUCGGAUUCCAGGUUUUUUGUGUGUAGAAUAUCAGUGCAUGAAACAUGAUCAGAAACGUUAAUCUCGACACAAGUGAGAAGCAUGUUGCUGUGAACGUCCCAGGAGGAAGAAUCAAUAAGAGGUCCGGAGCACAGUGCAUUGUGUUCGGUAGUGAUGGGAGCUUCAAUCUCAGAGAAACAUGGGAGUUGGAUGCUUGUUAUGUCGAGGAUCAAGGCCAUUUCUCUAUUGUGGUUCCAGAAGAAGGGGUUCACAGGAAGGAGAAGAAGCUCUGGUAUCUAUGGAUGGUGGUGGCGAUCGUGGUUGGGAUUGUAGGACUAGUUCUGGUGGCACAUCUGGGUUGUUGUUGUCUAUGAAGCUUUUGAAGACGAAGAAGAUUCAGGUAAUGGAAAGACACGCUGGUGAAGAUUUAGUUCUUAAACUGUAUGGAUAAGGCGUAGCAAAAUGCCAUCUGCGGCAGUAACAAGAACUCAGCCAACCAUUGAAACUGGCCACUUCCCAUAGCUCUCUCACUCACUUUUCGCCUUCCAUUUUUUGCCACUUUGUGCUCUGUAUCAACAGAAAGAUUUCAUCUUUCCAUCAUUCUCCUGCUGGGAAAGUAAACCGGGAUGCCGAAC